AACUUUCUGGUCCUCUUUCCUGCCUCCUUUUGCAGAAGUAGCAGAGACACACAGAGCCAGCCUUCUCCACGAGGGCACCUGCGGAGAGCACAUAGGACCCCGUGACGCCAAGCAUGUCGGAAGCCUCCAGCAGCACCUUCGGGGGCAGGAGGGCAGUGCCACCCAACAAUUCCAAUGCAGCGGAAGACGAGCUCCCCACCGUGGAGCUGCAGGGCCUCGUGCCCCGGGGUGUCAACCUGCAAGACUACCUGAGUGUCACGGAUGUCCACCUGUUCAAGGACAGGUGGGACACCAACAAGAUCGACCAUCACACGGACAAGUACGACAGCAACAAGCUCAUCGUACGGAGAGGGCAGGCGUUCUACGUCCAGAUCGACUUCAACCGUCCGUACGACCCCACGAGGGAUUUCUUCAGGGUGGAAUAUGUGAUUGGUCGCUACCCUCAGGAGAACAAGGGGACAUACAUCCCAGUGCCCAUAGUCUCAGAGCUGCAACAUGGAAAGUGGGGUGCCAAGGUCAUCAUGAGAGAGGACAGGUCUGUUCGGCUGUCCAUCCAGUCUGCACCCGACUGCAUCGUGGGUAAAUUCCGCAUGUAUGUCGCAGUGUGGACCCCGUAUGGAAUACUCCGAACCCUCCGAAACCCAGAGACAGACACAUACAUUCUCUUCAAUCCCUGGUGCGAAGAGGACUCUGUCUACCUGGAUGAUGAGAAGGAGAAAGAGGAGUACGUCCUGAACGACAUCGGAGUGAUCUUCUACGGAGACGUCGGUAACAUCAAGAGUAGGAGCUGGAGCUACGGUCAGUUUGAAGAAGACAUCCUUGAUGCUUGCCUGUAUGUGAUGGACAGGGCACAAAUGGAUCUUUCUGGCAGAGGAAAUCCCAUUAAGGUCAGCCGCGUCGGCUCUGCAAUGAUUAAUGCUAAAGAUGAUGAGGGUGUCAUCGUUGGAAGCUGGGACAAUACCUAUGCCUACGGCGUGCCCCCCUCAGCCUGGACAGGAAGUGUUGAUAUUUUACUGGAAUACCGGAGCUCCGGGAACCCAGUCCGGUAUGGCCAGUGCUGGGUGUUUGCUGGUGUCUUUAACACAUUUUUGCGAUGCCUGGGAAUACCAGCAAGGGUCAUUACCAAUUAUUUCUCGGCCCAUGAUAAUAACGCCAAUUUGCAAAUGGACAUCUUCCUGGAAGAAGAUGGGAACGUGAGUUCAAAGCUCACCAAGGACUCUGUGUGGAAUUACCACUGCUGGAACGAAGCGUGGAUGACGAGGCCGGACCUCCCCGUCGGCUUUGGAGGCUGGCAGGCUGUGGACAGCACUCCCCAGGAAAACAGUGAUGGCAUGUAUCGCUGUGGCCCAGCUUCCGUUCAAGCCAUCAAGCACGGCCAUGUCUGCUUCCAGUUUGAUGCCCCCUUCGUCUUUGCAGAGGUCAACAGUGACCUCGUUUACAUCACAGCCAAGAAAGAUGGCACUCACGUGAUCGAAGCUGUGGAUACCAGACACAUCGGAAGAUUAAUUGUGACCAAGCAGAUAGGAGGUGAUGGCAUCAGUGAUAUUACCGACACUUACAAAUUCCAAGAAGGCCGUGAGGAAGAGAGGCUGGCCUUAGAAACUGCCCUGAUGUACGGGGCCAAAAAAGCCCUCAGCACAGACAGCACCAUCAAAUCAAAGUCUGACGUGAGUAUGAACUUCGAGGUGGAAAAUGCCGUGCUGGGGAAAGACUUCAAGCUCACCAUCAGCUUCCAGAACAACAGUCCUAACCACUACACCAUCUCAGCCUACGUCUCGGGCAACAUCGUCUUCUACACUGGUGUCUCCAAAGCAGUGUUCAAGAACGAGACCUUCAGCGUGGUCCUGGAGCCUCGGUCCUUCAAAACCGAGGAAGUGUUGGUCAGAGCCGGCGAAUACAUGGGCCAGCUGCUGGAGCAGGCGUCCCUGCACUUCUUCGUCACAGCUCGUGUCAAUGAGACCAAGGAUGUGCUGGCCGACCAGAGAUCCGUUAUGCUCACGAUCCCCAAGGUCGUCAUCAAGGUGCGUGGCACACCUGAAGUUGGUUCUGACAUGGUUUUCACAGUCGAGUUCACCAAUCCUUUAAAAGAAACUCUGCAAAAUGUCUGGCUUUAUGUGGAGGGUCCUGGAGUGAUGAGGCCGAAGAAGAAGUUGUUCCGUGAAGUCCGGCCCAACGCCACCGUGCAGUGGGAAGAAGUGUUUCGGCCUUGGGUCUCUGGCCCUCGAAAGCUGAUAGCCAGCAUGACCAGCGACUCCCUGAGACAUGUGUACGGCGAGCUGGACUUGCAGAUUCGACGCCAAUCUUCUAUGUAAAGGCACUAGAGGCUGAGUUGGACACUGGCGCUUGGCUAAGAAAAUUCUAAUGCAACAAUAGUCAAUCCAUGCUUUAACUUAGGUUAUGUGUAGACCCAUUUGGGACUGAAGAGGGCCCCAGAGUGGCAAUGACAAUGAUUUCAAAUACCCAGCUACUGAGGUGGAUGAUGGUUUAUAACCAGUCCCUCUCCAAAGCAGACUGAGCGUUGUCUUUAAUUAAGCUCUAGUUAAGCUCCCAAAGCUCAUAGCAGUCAUCAUUUAUCAUCACAAAUGGCUGUGGCUGCAAGUGUCAGAGUGCUCCCCUCACCUUGUCUCAAACAAGACAUCUGAUUUCCCCAUCAGUCUUUGGGGAGUGACAUAGUCCCCAGAACGGGAGAGAAGCAAGGGACCUGGGCUGAGGAUUCUGUUCCACUUUCUUGGACUGAGAUGCUACCCUCUAUGUCAGGAUAUUUUUCCCAGGAAUUGAACAGAAUGUCAUUUUUCUUCUUGGCAAAGCUGCAGGAAGGUCUUUCAUCUUACACCUGCACCCGAGUGACUGCCUGCCAAAUGCCACAGCUUUACCUUGGGAGAAGAUGGGGCCCCACGUUCACAAAUUGCAUUUGUGGAAAACUUGAUCACCUAAGAGGAGAUCAGAAAGCAGGUGCAACCCUCAGAUCUAUUAAAUAAUGUAGUUUUACGAUGCAUUUUAUAAGAGGUGUCACACUGUAACCUGAUCAGCAGGAACCAAUAUCCCUAAUUUUAACUGUUUCUGGGGUACAGAAAGUGAAGAGGCUUCCGCGGCACUGGACAAGGGAGGAAUCACAUUCCUUCAGGAGCGAAUGGCUUCACCUGUGUCUCUGGAAGGCCCUUCACCCCAUCAUCCUGGCCCAGGUCCCACUUUAUAAUAGAAAGUACCCAGAUGUGUAACAGGAGGGCAGCCACUGGAUAAGGCUCCCGGUGUUUAUUUACAAGGCUGAUUAUGGUCACAAAUUGCCAUUGAUAUGCCUGGGGUAUGACUUAGGUCAGUAGAUGGCAAUCCUCCAUAAAAAAAUACACAAUGGUAAUGGGAUUUGCCCAUGAGGGUCCCCCUCUGUGGUUAUAUCAUGUUUUGGGUCAUUAAGUCAUCUCCUAGCACUUGCCAAGCCUUCAAAUGCCCACACUUAAAAUCAAAAGCAUUUUACUACACUGGCUUAACAUAGCACACUAUUAUUAACAAGGAUGUAAUAGAUGCUUGAAAUAAAAUUAUUCUGAUUACUUGCA